UCAGCCACAUCCCUCACUUUGUUCUCUGUGCCCGAAAUCUUCAUGUACUUUUUAACCCAGUCAAUGAAGAGGUGUUCUGUUAAACUGGAGUGCCCAGGCGAGAUGGAAUUUGAGCUCUUAUGAUCUCAGCUGUGAAGUGAAAUAACAGUAGCCAGACUGUCCAGUGUCGCAAUGGAUGUGAAAGGGGCAAAUGCGAACGCUGGCAUAUCCCAGAGAUCAGAAAGCCAGUCUCAUCCAACAUACCUGCCUAAUCUACUGAUGGGAGAUUUUGUUUCUGACUGGUCUCCUUUGCACGAUGCUUCCAUUCAUGGGCGGCUGCUUGCUCUGAAGAAACUCAUCCAUCAGGGAAGUAGUGUGAAUCUUGUGACAGCAGAUUGUGUAUCUCCUCUCCAUGAAGCUUGCUUAGGGGGGCAUUCUGCCUGUGCCAGUGUCUUGUUAAAACACGGGGCCAAUGUGAACAUGGCUACCAUUGACUGGAACACCCCUUUGUUCAAUGCUUGUGUCAGUGGCAGUGUAGACUGCUUGAACCUGUUACUGCAGCAUGGAGCCAGCCCCCAUGCGGUGUGCGAUCUGGCGUCGCCUAUCCACGAAGCUGCUAAGCGAGGUCAUACCAAAUGUGUGGAAGCCCUUGUAUCCCACGGAGUCAAUAUUGAUCACAACAUAAAGCAUCUUGGUACUCCACUCUACGUCGCUUGUGAGAGCCAGCAAGAGGACUGUGUCAAAAAAUUACUUGAGUCAGGAGCGAGUGCAAAUAUUGGGAAAGGACUGAAUUCCCCUCUCCACAUGGCUGCUCAAACCUCCAAUGCUAACUUAGUGCAUUUACUUAUUGAGUUUGGAGCAGACAUCGGGGCUGUGAAUGCCGAGGGCAAAAAGCCAACAGACCUGGUUCCUCCAAAGAACACACUAGUGCAGACCUUGCUGCAGAGAGAAGUUUCAGCAAGGGGAGAAAAGGAUUGCAAAUUCAUUGAGGGCCCUUCUCCUUGAUGCAGUUGUGCCGCCUUUGCAUACGGAAGACCUUGGGAUGCAAACAGCGACAGAGAAUGAGUGAACUUCUGCUACCAGAUGAGCUGAAGCGGUUUCUGUUGUACCUUUAAGUGUUCUGUUUUGCCUGAUGGGUUAUUAAAGUGUUGUUUCUUAUCCAGG